GGGGAGUCUACAGUCCCUGACAAAAGUCUUGUCGCUUGUCCAUUUUGUAGAAACAAUUGCUAAUAACCUGACUUUUAAUUAUUCAAUUGGUUUCAGAAAUGGCUCAUAUGAAAGCUAAGACCCUCCCAAAUGAUGUUGAAUAUACAAAAACAUAUUUGUAUAACUGAAAAAAGAUUGAUCAUUUAAUGAAGACAUAAAGGUCAAAUUUUGGCAAGACAAAAGUUUUGUCGCCUAAAGAAAGUAGUGUGAAAAUUGAACAAAAAAUGUACUUCAAAUACAAAAAUAUGUUACAUAACAUAAGCAAAUUAAGUAGUGCUGGAACCCAGUAAUCGUGUGAAUCUCAUGUGAGUGUGAGCCCGUUGGUGACCGACCCUACCCCGCCACUCCUGGCACCGGAUCCCCCCACCCGAGCUUGCCCUGUCACAUCCAGCCGCAUGCGAGCCCCACCAAGCGCGCGACAGCCACGCGGACCAGCGGAGACGCGCCAACCCAGGGAUGGCACGAGGGGACGCACCACAAACCCCAAAUUUCAGACCCCCACAUGAUUUCUAAGUGGGAGUUGGCUACUUGUAAAAUCGCAGGGUGUUCAAAUACUUAUUUUUCUCACUGUAUGUCAUAAAAUAUCCUCUUAGCUUUUAAUAAAACGAAAAUGAACACUUCGAUUAACAUUUUAUAGACUAUUAAUUGAAUUAUUAUUUUCAAUAAAUGCUCAAUACUCUACUCAUAUUUUGUUAGACUGCGGAUGUUUUAGUCACUAUUUUCCUGUCUGUAUUUUUACAUUUUUUACUUGUUUCUGGUGUCUGCAAUAAGCUUCUCUUUACCUGUUGUGUGUGUAAUGAUAAAGCUGUAAAGUGAACAAUUGUGUAACUCGUUUUAGUUAGAACGUGUUGUUGAAAAAUAAUUGUCAUUUUCAUUAGUACACGUUGAACUUGCUACCUGCUGUGAUAUUCACAAAUUAAAUCAUAAUCAAUUAUCAUACUGGAAGAACUGCAACUAAUUGAGGAUAUUCUGUUUAUCCUGUAUAAAUGCCUCCCGGUGGUGCUUCUAAAUCCAUGGAUGAACACCGAAGAUUCCGCAUGAAAUGGAACCAACGUCAAGAGGUGUGGAGGACAAGUGGCACGAGCUCCUUACGCCUCCUUACGAGUCCCAGGACGAAAUGAGCUACCUGGGCAAUGCUGACUCCCAACCACCCCCCACACCCACUGACCCAACCAACGUGCCGGUGUCCAGCGUGCUCGACACCCCGCCCGGGUUCACAGGACCUCAGUAUUCUUGGUCAUUCAACAGUUUCAUCCAUGGAGACAAUGUGAUGAACAUGGGCUUCAGAACUCAGCUGCAUCAGGGUCACGUGCAACCAUCUCAGCUGAACAUUGGACCAGCUGGUGAUGCGACCAACCAGCAGUAUAUGAACAAUCAGCAAUCAAUCACCUAUGAGUGGCCUGUCAAUGACGCGAAUGCUCCUACUCCUCUGUAUAUAAACAAUCAGCACCUAGCCUUCGAGUGGCCUGUUAAUGAACCGAAUGCUCCUACUAUGCAUUAUAUGAACAAUCAGCACCUACCCUACGAGUGGCAUGUCAAUGAACUGAAUGCUCCUACUCAUCUGCACGCACAGUAUAUCAACAAUCAGCACCUACCCCUCGAGUGGCCUGUCAGUGAUCCGAAUGCUCCUGCUCCUCUGGUAAGAAUACACGCAAUGAACAAAGCACAUCUUAAGCAGAGAAACUACAAAUGUGUCAAAUGAUGGAUCAUUCCAGAGUUGGAUGUUAUUUUACAUCCCAGCCAUCGAAUUAACCUAAAAUGCAUGCUUUUUUAAUGUGUGAGAUGUUUCAAAGAACCCUUCAUUUCAAAGUUUGGCCUCCCUGCAAUUCUGUCACAUAAUGCUCAGUUUUUCCCAGAAAAUGAUUGCAACUAUAAAUGCUUUGGUGGUAAUAUCUUCAUUUAUAUUGCUUGCAAUGAAAAAACACAAAAGAGAAUGGGGGGAAAAAUCAUUAUCAUUUUACACAAAACUGGGCCUAAUAAAAGGAUUGGAAAAGGAUUCUGGCAAAAAUUCUUGUGUUAACAGCACCUGUUACUUACCUGUGGCA